GAUCUUCGUCUGAAUCAAUGGCAACGAUUAGGAACUUGAAGAUAAAAACAUCAACUUGUAAAAGGAUUGAGAAAGAGCUUCACUCUUAUGAGAAAGAAGUUGAGAGAGAAGCUGCUAAGACUGCUGAUAUGAAGGACAAAGGUGCUGAUCCCUACGACCUUAAACAACAGGAAAAUGUGUUGGGUGAGUCUAGGAUGAUGAUUCCGGAUUGCCACAAACGACUCGAGGCUGCAUUAGCUGAACUCAAGUCCACUUUGGCUGAAUUGGAAGAGACAGAUGAGAAGGAAGGUCCAGAGAUUGAAGAUGCAAAGAAGACAGUUGCGGGCUUGGAGAAGCAGUUUCACACUGAAGAUGCCUGAUUUAUUGAUUUAGCCAUCUGUGAGUGCUUGCUCUGUAUUCUGGAAAUGGUCUCGUUAAUCAAUUGUAAGAAUCUUCGUCUCUGUCAUUUCUGUCGAAUCGCAUACACUAAAAAUUGCGUUCUUUUAACUCUUAAUACAUUUUGGUGAUUGUU